CGCCUUGUUGCUCUUUUCCAGUAAUCCCAACCUCCUCUAAAUUUAUUGGGAAUGAUUUUUUAACAACCGCACAUGAUAGUCCAGCACAAGGGGCAGGCUUUUUAAGAACUUCAAUAUUGGAUAUAUUUUGCCGACGUAUUUAACAUCACCGAAAAGGACUUCUUGCCACAAGAGAGGUCGCCUGACUCUUGCCUCCUAAAUGACUCUGCUGUAGUGCAGAGGAACGCCACCUCAGUAACAUCGGCCAGCGGACCGCCAUGUCUCACUCAAAGCCUAACUGGAGCCCCAUCUGGCUCACCUGUGUCCUCGUGGGCCUCACGGCUGGACACACUCUCGCCAAAGAGGUCCCUGCGGUACCCCAGCAGGUAAAGCUGUCCCCUGACUUGUCCACACAGCAACUGUCCAUAUCCUGGCUGGGAGGAGCGGCGGCAACCUUUGACCUCUUGAUUCUGAGAACUGAAGUCAAUGAAACGGUCUUCUACGAGACGGUGUCGGCGUCGGUGAACCAGGAGAGCGGGCGGCACCAGUGGGUCUGGACCUCCGUCGAACCACUUGAGUGCACAUCGCUGUCCGUCCAGAUCCGCUCAAGAGACGGACAGACCACAAGUGACUGGAGCAGCACGGAGGUCCUUCAAGGAAGAGAUCUCCCGAGCAAUGGGAAAACCUCCAUGUUCCCCCAGGACCCGGUCGUCCCCGUGGGGUCCAACACCACCUUCUGCUGCAUCUUGGAGGAGAGGAAGCAGUUGGAUAAAAUCGUAUACAACUACUCGGUCAUGCACCCGACGCGACUGAGCAGGCGAACUUACUCCAUUACGGCUGUGAACCAGGCACCGUCCAGCAGUGCUGGAGUCAACGUCAUCUGUUACGACAAGCCGGGCAAGAACAUGGCCGGCACCGUGGUGUUUGUCGGAUAUCCACCACUGCCCAGUGAUUUUGUGUGCGAGACUCAUGACUUAACCUCAGCCGUGUGCCGGUGGAAGGAAGGACCAGACACGAUCCUGGUUGGCAAACGAAAAACACUCUACACGCUGAACAACAGGCGCUGUGAUGGGAGCAGCACGCAGAACAAGUUUGUAGAGUGCAGCGAUCCCCUGUGGGAGGGGAACUGGACACUGGUAGCGAAGAAUCCUCUCGGCCAGUACAUCCUCACCGACGCUGCUGAGCUCAGUCGCAGAGUGCAUCCAACAGCACCAGAGAACCUGAACUCCGUUGUCUCUCCCUGGAACGCCACUGUGCGCUGGGGUUGGAGGUACAACAGCUAUUCCUCUCUGGCUCUCGUCUGCCAGACGGAGCUCACGCCCAAAGACAACCCAGCAAAGCGGUCCCAGCAGACCUCCUCCGGUUUGGACCUGCGCUCCAUGACGCUGUUGGACCUCUAUCCCGAUGAGGAGUACAGCGUUCGAGUUCGCUGCGGUGCACAGCACAAUUUCUGGAAGUGGGGAAACUGGAGCGAGACGAUUUCCUUCAGAACCAACACUUAUGCUCCAGAGGCUCCAGAUGUGUGGGUGUGGAUGAACAAAGACGACACUGCACAGGUCAUUUGGAAGCUUCUGACACCAAGACAAAGCCGUGGUCCGAUCACGGCUUACGAAGUUACUCUGUGGAGCCCCGAGGAAAAUCUCCAGCGCACAGCAUCCAUUCCCCCGGACACUUCUGCUUAUUUGAUCAACCUCACGCAGAUCACGACCCUCGGCAGCGACAAGAUCACGGCCACCGUCGUUGCGAGGAACACCGGUGGGAUGUCUCAACCUGCGAGUGUGCAUAUACCACUGCGUCUGACAGAUGUGGAACCCAGUUCUGUGUCCAGGCUCGUUUAUACAAACGGGGGCUUCCCGCUGUCCUGGCAGCGGGACGACUGCGCCACCUGUGCUUAUGUGGUAGAAUGGUACAAUGCCAGCCAGAACUGCCCUGUGGGCUGGAUCAAGUUGCCCGCCGGAACCACUACAGUCUCCGUUGAGUCAGCCGACUUCCGUCCAGGUGUGAUGUACAUCAUCUCCCUGUACAGCAGCACCUCCGAGGCCCCCGAGCUGCUGCAGCGCUGGCAGGGAUACAUCCAGGAGCUGGUGCCGUCCAGUUCUGUCGCCCUGUCAACAACCCAGCAGGACUCUGACAUUCUCCUGGCCUGGGGAGAGAUCCCGCUGGUCAACAGAAGAGGCUUCCUCCUGGGCUACAACAUUUACAUCAAUAACGGCUCCCAGCUCACGCUUCUCGCCAAUCUGACAGACCCAGAAAGUAAGAAUUACACAGUAAAAGGCCUCUCUGAAGGCUCCUACAAGUUUACCGUCAAGGCCUACAACUCAGCAGGAGAGGACACGGGCGCCACCGCCUCCAUCCUGCUGGAGCCGUACGCUGAUUGGCUGAUACUUGAAAUCUUUGCUUCCCUGGGAAUCACAUCCGCGUUCCUGCUCAUCGCCACCAUCUUCUGCUAUAAGAAAAGGAAAUGGGUGAAAAAGGCUUUCUAUCCAGACAUACCUGAGCCCAAGCUGCCCGGUGACUGGUCUCGGGCACAGGGGCCGCUGGAUGUGAAGCCAUCCCCCCACAGUUUGGUCCACAUGGUGGACAGGCCCGAGUGGGAUUCGAGCAAAGAGGCGCUCGUCGUCAUUCCCGAAGAGGAAGAGGACGAGGACCGGCUGGGAGACGACACCGACGAGCCGGCUUCACUGCGCUACUACCAUCACGUGGUGGACGAGCGGCCCAUAAGACCCCGUUUCCCCGACUCCUCGGCUUCCUCCGCGUCCUCCGCGUCCUCUUUGGAAUCGGCGCGCACCGACGUGACAUACACGGGGAUCCAGACCUCGGGGUCUUCCUUGGUCUUCCAGCCGGAUGCGGAGGGCUCUUCCGAGGUCCCCCAACCCCUGGCUCAUCCGUCCUUCUGCCGAGGUGAGGGAGGCAGUGGAGGUGGUGGUUAUCGGCCCCAGAUGCAGUCCAGAGCCCAGAAUGACGACACGGGACUAGCUUCUCCAGAGCCUGCGUUCGAACCCCAGGCAGCCAGCGCUGGAGGCUACAAACCCCAGAGCUCCUGGCAUUUUGACUCCCCCGUGGGGGGCGGGGAGAGCGCCGGCCUGGCCCCCUCGCUCGGGUCCCCCACCUCAAUCGCUUCCACUCAGUUCCUCCUCCCUGACGGUGAGGAGCACGCAGACGAGAGGCGACAGCCGGCGGCGGCUGCGGCGGCGGCUUGGUUCACCAACCUGCUGUCAUCCACUAAACCAUGAGAUCAUCUCUUGUCCACCACUACCAGGCUGGCCAGGAGGGGGGGAGGGGGAGGGGGAGUUUAUCUAGUAACCUUCUGAUUCCUUGCUGUUACCAGUGUCGUGCAUCAAACAAGCCUCAGCCAUACAGUCUUGUUUACCCCCCCCCCCCCCCCCCCAUUUGCCUAGUACUACUAUUCGUACAGUUGUCCUUUGAAAGCAGCUUUAUAGCAGCUAUUGAAGAUGCUUCUAUAUCAAAGCAUUUGUUUUUCCCGUCCAUACCUCUUUUCCAACCAUAUUUAUCGGACCCCUGGUGACCCCCCUGAAUCCCCAUGAUACGCAAUUGCAGCCGCUCAUUUUUGUCCCCAUUUUAUCUUGCAUUUCAGAGGUCAAAAAAGAAAAUGAGACGUUUUCCAACCUAAUGACAGAAGUGUAAAAAUAAGGGACAGUUUUAAUUUUUGGAUCAACACUACAAGCGGUUUACAGUUGCAAUGUCUCCUGAUGCUCCUCCGUCAGGAUUACCUUGCUUGUUUCAUGACAGCUGAUGAGCUACUGAAAGGACAAAGAUGAGUUCAAAGUGUAAGGGUGGUACUCUCGUGAAUCAAAACCAAAGUUUCUCCUGUCGCUACGGACAUGAUCUAUUUUUCACAUAUCGCUGAUGAACAGUGAGAUAUCAAUGGAAAGAUGUAUUUGUGAAUAAGAGCAGUGAUUAUUUUACACAGACACUGGAGUGGUGCUGUCUGGAAUUGUGUGGGGGAUGAGCCCUAGUGGAUAAUUACACUGAUAUAAGCUAGAACGUGAAUACAAAACUGGUGUAGUUAAAUUAGCAAACACACUACUAUUUUCAUUUUGGGUGUUUUUUUUUUUUUUUUGCAGUGUUUUUUUUUCUUUCCUGUUGAGAAAUACUUUUCACAAUCAGGCCAGUGUUUUUAUUUCUAUUGUAGCUCUGUGUCCUUUAAGUUGGGGAUUGUUUUAAACAAAGUAUGAGUAUUCACUUAGAUGAGUAAUUAAAGUGUCCGAUUGCCUCGAUAAAUGCUUCCAGGCAUUCGCACCACGUCACCUCUCACACACGGCCUUGCUCCUAAAUGUUUAUAUGUAAUGGAAAAAAAAUGUUCAAUAAUAUAGUUCAGAAAUGUAUUUUAUUGGCACUGAGCGCUACGUACAAAGGAUGUCUGUUUUAAUUCAUUUUAGCAGGCGGAGAAAUGUCUAAACGUUGGUAACAUUAUAUUUUUGGGUUUGAAAACAUGUUUUUCUUUGGUCGCUCUUUCUUUAAACUCCGAGGUGGCAGAUAAUGCAUUUGAUGUUGAUUUGCUACGCUUGAGUGCUUUUUUUAGCUAUUUGUCGGGGCGGGAUGUCAUUUAAUUGCACAUUUUCUCCUGAAGCCUCCUUGUACAUCUUGUUACUGGAAGAAAGGGACAAUGGGGAACGUUUUAGGCUGCGAUGACCAGUGCAGUGAGGUUCCUGUAGUUCGAAUUGGACAUAAAUGUGUAGGAAUAUUGGUCGCUUGACAGCACUUGGGCACCUCCUGUAAAGGUGCAAAAUACAGGCCACUAAUGGCCAAAGUAGACUGCCCACACUCCAUCUGCGCUCCACUCGUGUGUGCACAUUGCGGCGGUUGAGGAAGCUCCAUUGGCUCGGUUUCCCUAAAGCAUCAUUAAAUCAUCCAUCUUGAGAUCGGGGUGCCAGCGAUAACCAGGAUAUUUGCUUUCUGCAUUUCAGAGGCAGGCCCCUGCUGACCUAUGUGGCAGCCUUUUGGUUUUAUAUUUUGUCAGUGCCUUGAGAUGAGAAGCUUCAAGUAAAAACCACUGUGACGGGAAUGUUUAUUAAGACCGUUUUAAUGGAUGGUUCCAGUGAUGACAGGCAAGCAGUCCUCGUUGAUUGUCGUCUCUUUGUCUCUGUGUUACUGAUCUGGAGGGAUCAAUGGGGGGGAAAAGUAUUUUAAAAGAACGAGGCUCGUCCUGAGCAAACCAACCAGCUGUAUUGGGAGAUUGGUGAUGGCUUCAUAAGAGUUUAAAAUAUGGCUGCAGAUUGUUUUUUCCUUUGGAGUCUGCUUCCUCAAACAAGCACGACUUUGGGGAGUAACCUACGAACGCUAUGUGUUGCAUGCUUUCCCCAAUCUUGAUUCGGAUUCACCAAGCAGCACUUUUCCAUUUUUCUCAAUCUCUGUGUUUAUACAACUAACUGUACGUACUUGUCAUUUUCUUCUGUUUGUUUCCAUCUUGCAGUUAGAAAUGAUAUUCCCCACGCUGCAAUGGUGACCGCACAGCUUCCCUUUAGAGAAGGGAGGCAAACGCUUGGGUUCGCAACACUAGAUGCAUCGAGUCCUACAAAAUGUAGAGGCAUCAACCUCUGACUCUAUUGUUGCUGAAACACAUUUAAGCUUUUUGUGUGUCUGAAAAAUCGAAUCGAAAUGGAAUUGCGAUCCUGUCCUUAAAAGUAAAAGAGUCUGCGUUGCAUCUUUAUCUCAUUACUGCAGUGUUGCUCAGCCAGACACGUUAUAAGUAAGAACCACGCAGGCUCAAACGUGGAGACCGCUGACAUACAAUUAUCCUUACGUUUUUUUUUUCUUUUUUCGUUCCCAUUGUUCAUGAAUGUUUUUAAUUGGAUUUACUGCGUAGAACAUAACAAUGCUGUGCUUUACACACAGCGCGUACUUGCUCCUUCACACAUCUUUAUCGCUGGCCUAAGCUCUUUUUACAAGUUGAUGCAUGUCGUAAUAAAGUACUAGUUAGAGAACAGCAUCUCCUGAAUCUUUUUAACUCCAUGUUUACGUUACUCCAUUGCUUUAAAAGACUAAUACAGACUAAUGUUGUGCAUGAAAACAUAACUAAAGUAUUGUGCACCUGAAGAUUUAUUUUUCACAUAAAGGCUUUAAAUUCUAUGAUAUUUUGCAGAUUAUUUCGCUAUCGAUUGAAUGACAGUGAAAUGCUUCUGAGUCCAUCCAUGAAUGUUAAUACUAAUAACACAAAUUUAAUGGAACUUGUUUUUGUGUCAAUAAAGUUAUCUGUUUGACCAUU